ACAGAUAAGGUGGGUGGAGGAGUCAGCCGGGAGCCUGGGGCUGGCUCCAGCAUGACGUGGGGGUCUGCAAGGCCCUGGAGAAAGUGGGGUGAUGCAGCAGGGGGUACACCCAUAGCUGGAGCUGACCCAGAUGGACAGCUUGGGCUCUGCCACCCGGGACUAGGCAAGGAAGGGGCACGAACAAGCAGGAAGUGGUGAGGCUGUCUCCAGCUGGCUGCUCUCCCCUGCCCAGACUUUGGUUUCCUCCCUGCUGGCCUGGCCUGGCUCCCUGGCUCUGUGUGAUAUGGUCACACCCCCACGCACCCCCUCCACUGAGAUGGGGCGGGAAGAGCACCGAGGCUGCUCUUCCUCCACUGGGCCGACCUCUGAGCAGCAGACGGGGCUAAGCGUUCCCCAGCUCGCCUUCACACACAGCCUGUGCCACCGCGCCAACGGUACCAUGAAGGACGAGGUAGCUCUACUGGCCACUGUCACCCUCCUGGGAGUCCUGCUGCAAGCCUACUUCUCCCUGCAGGUGAUCUCAGCGCGCAGGGCCUUCCGCGUGUCGCCGCCGCUCACCACCGGCCCACCCGAGUUCGAGCGCGUCUACCGAGCCCAGGUGAACUGCAGCGAGUACUUCCCGCUGUUCCUCGCCACGCUCUGGGUCGCCGGCAUCUUCUUUCAUGAAGGGCUACGCGCGCUCCGCGCAGCUCAGGUGAGGACCGGACGGGGAGCGGGGCGGGGCCGGGGAAAGAUCGCGGGUGGGCGGGGCUCCUGGGGAGCGGGACCGAAGCUGGGGGCGGGCCACGGGCCGGAGCCCAGCGCCUUUGGGGAUUCGGUGGGCGAGCCCUGGCGGCGGCCAGAGGAAGUCCCCGUGGGGCCGGGGUUGCGGCGGGGAAGAAGCGGGGCCUCCUCGCGCCACCUCCCGGCUGACCGCCGCCCGCAGGCUGGCACCCCUGUACGCGAGCGCGCGCGCCCUCUGGCUGCUGGUGGCGCUGGCUGCGCUCGGCCUGCUCGCCCACUUCCUCCCGGCCGCGCUGCGCGCCGCGCUCCUCGGACGGCUCCGGACGCUGCUGCCGUGGGCCUGAGACCAAGGCCGCCGGGCCGACGGAGCCGGGAAAGAAGAGCCGGAGCCUCCCGCUGCCCCGGGGAGGGGCGCUCGCUUCCGCAUCCUAGUCUCUAUCAUUAAAGUUCUCGUGACCGAGA